CUACCACGCAUCUCUCAAUACACAAUGGCGGAGAAUCAAACAGCUAUCUUCGCAACGGCAAUAGGCCAACCCUUAAGUACAGGCUCGCGCCCUAUCCCCGAACCAAGAGAAGGCCAAGUCCUCAUCAAGGUCACCGUCGCGGGUCUGAACCCGCACGACGCAAAAGCGCGCGACUACGGCCUAUUCAUCAAAGACUAUCUCCCGGCGGUGCUCGCCGCCGACGUGGUCGGCGUUGUGACUCGCGUAGGCCCCAAUGUCACUCGCUUCCAGCCCGGCGACCACAUCUUCGGCCAAGCCUGGGUACCCACCCCCGGCUCCGACGCCCCCGCCUCUGAGACAGCCCUUGCCAUGAACAACAGCUCCGGACUCCAAGAGUACGCCGUUCUGGACGCUCGCUACUCAGCCAAGGUCCCCUCCGCCUUCACCGACGCCCAGCUAGCGACUCUCCCCACCAACCUCGUGACCUCCGCCGUCGCCCUCUUCGACACCACCGCCCUCGGCAUCCCCGCCCCCUGGACCCCCGCCGCUUCCACCUUCGACUACGCAGCCACCGCCCUCCUCAUCCUCGGCGGCGGCACCAACACCGGCCGCUUCGGGAUCCAGCUCGCCGCCCUCGCCGGCAUCGGCAAGAUCGUUGUGGUGGCCAGCCCGCGCAGUGAAGCCGAGGCCCGCGCCCUCGGCGCAACGCACAUCGUCGACCGGACCGGGAAGUCCGGGCAGGAGAUCGCGGCGGCGGUGAGGGAGAUUGUGGGCGAUGAGCUGCUCUACGCCUACGACACGAUCAACCCGCCCGAUAGCCAGUAUAUCGGCGUCGAGGCGCUGUCGAACUCCCAGAGGGGGAAGCUGGCGCGUCUGCGUCCGUCGGAACCGGUGGAUGAGUCGAAGCUUUCGACGGAAAAAUCUGCUGGGUACGAGGUGAUGAAUGUGUUUGGGUCGUCGAGUGCCCGGCCCGCUGUAGCUGAGCCGCUGUGGGAGCGGGUGGAGGGGUUGCUGGCGGAGGGGACGGUUAAGCCAACUGGGUAUCAGGUGAUUCGGGGGUUGGAUGUUGAGGCGGUGAAUAAGACGCUGGAUGCGUAUUCGAGUGGGGAUGCGACUGGGCAUUGGCAGGUCCAUCUUUGAGUGGUAGUCGUCGAAUAUGGUCGCGUUUGAUGCGGCGUCUGGUGGUGGAGAUGAUAACAAUUGGCGGGUCUGUAAUCUGUAAUGUUGACUCCAUGUGAUAUGAUCUGCG